GGGAAUGGGGCGAGCCUCCAGCAGUUGGGUCAGAUCAAUGAUUUCUCCCGGCCCUCCUUGGACCCUGGAGGCCUCCUCUUGGAACCCUCUGUAGGCUUCUUGGGUGUUUGUUGGACUCCUCCUGGGAGCCUGUUAGAGGUCUUUGAAGCCGUCUUGAGGGGUACGGCCCUUGGAGUCUCCUCGAGCGAGCUCGCAGAAGCCCCUUCUUGCGGCCCUGUUUGUUCACUCUUCUGCGAGAUCUUGCCCCCUCUUCCCCCCCUCCUCCUCCACCCCCUCCUCCUCCUCCUCCCCCUUCCUUGUUGUGCAAGAACCGUGGCACACGUGCCACUUGUUUGUGUGUCCCAGGGCCCCUUCAAUCGUGCCAACGACAGAGUUCGGCGUGGACCCGUCGUGCGACUGCACGGGCUGCGCCCAGGUCGUGCGGUCGUCCCAGGGGGCCUCUGCCCGCGGCUGGGGCGUUUCCAUGGCCGUCGGCGUCGCGGCAGCGCGCGAGCCUCGCCGGGCAACCUCCUCGCCUGGCGAGGAGGUCGCGACGAGGCUGCUCGCAAAGUGCCUGCUCGCAAACGCCCGAAAAACACGUGCCUGCUUCGAUGUAAGUUGUCUUAGAGCCCCCGCGGCGGAUCCAGGCGAUUUGCGAGUAGCCACUUUGCGAGUAGUGGAACGCGCUCGUCUAUUUCCAGCUGGUCACUGGCCGCACCUGGAAGGGCACCGCAUUCGGAGGCUGGAAGUCCAAGCCGCAAGUGCCAAUGCUUGUCGACCUGUACAUGGCCGGAGAGGUCAUCAAGGUCAACGAGUACGUCAUGCACGAGAUGAUUUUUGAAGACAUCAUUCAAGCCUUCGAGUUGUUACACCAUGGCGAGUGUCUUAGGUGCGCGCUGACGUUUGAGAGUGCGGCUUGACAAAGAAGCAGAUGCCCCAUCGUUGGCCUUAUCUUCCACCAAGGUAUUACUCGGCAUGGGCUCCGCGCAAGAUCAAAUCCUCCAUGUGCAUGCCUGAGUCCUGCAUGGGGUGAUCCCCGGGUGUAUCCGUCUGAUCAGAUGCGGUGCGACCCUCGCCGCCUUCGACGAGCUGGUCCAGAGCUGGGCGCGAGCGGCCGCACCCGCCACCGCCGAGCAGCAGACGAGCAGGCCGAGCAGCCAGCGGGGGACGCAGCCGCCUGGGCUCGAGGCCCUCCGCUGGCGGGUCGCGCGAAGGGCCGUCGGCCGGUCGCGCGAAGUGCGCCAUGCCUCCGUCCGCGGCGGCCGCCACCGCGCGGCGGAGGCCCUAGGCGCUGCGGCUGCGCCCGUGGCCUGCGGGCCUGCACCCGCCAUGCGCAUCGACGCCGCGAGCCCAGGCAAGGAGGCCGGGCCCUCGGGGCACACCUCCGCCGACCUCGAGCGCGACCUGGACCUGCCCCUUGCGGGCGCGGGUGCCGCCGCCAGGACCCUGGCGCUGGCCAGCGGGCUGCUCGGGAAGGAGCUCGACGUCACGCCGUCCUACUGGCCCGCGGUGUGGCAAGAGUUCGGCGACGAGGCUGUGUCCCAGCUGCUUUCCAGGGGCACGAAGGGCGAGGACGAGGGCGCCGGCGCGAAGCUGCAGUGGCAAGCCAGGGUGCUGCGGAGGCUGCGGGAGCUCAUGGACGACCGGCCCCCAAAGGGGGACGCCGAGGAGAGCGCAGACGCGGGGUUCCAGGAGCACUUGCAGGCGGCCGAGUUCGUGCUACGGCGCGCCGCCCACGCCGUCUCGGUGCUGCAGACGUGCGACGAGGGCGGGCCCGCUAGAAUGCCCCACCUGGAGAAGGUCGUGCCGCGCGUCUGCGCCGACCUAGCUUCGUGGUUGGAGCAGAUGACGACGCUGGUCUCGGUGUACCAUGUCAGCCUCCACGACAUGGAGAGCGAGCGCCGCAGGCUCCAGGCGGAGCUGUCGGCCCAGGUGGCCAGGGCGGGCAGUGCCGAGCGGGAGGCGCACGCCGCGGGUUCGCGCCUCGAGCGUGUGAUCGAGAGGCGGCAGGAGGAGGAGACCCAGGCGAAGGCCGACCAGCUGCUCGGGAGGAACGCGCCGGGUGCCGCGUGGGACGACGAGGCAUGGGAGGCCAAGCUCGACGAGCUGCACCGCAAGUGGGAGGAGCAGUACAUGCAGCCGGUGUUGCAGGAGAUGGAGGAUCUCAAGUCGCAGAACAUGGAGUUGCUGGACAUGCUCAGGAAAAGCAACAGGGAAAAGAAGGAAGUGGAAGACCUGCUGAGUAAGGCGGAAGCCUUCUUGAAGGCCUCGUCCCUCCGCGACGAGGCGCAAGCGCAGGGCAUGGAGGCCCUCGAGAAGCUGCUGGAGAGCCUCGACGACGACUGUUUCUGGGCGGAGGGCAGGUCCCUGCUGCAGGAGUCGCUGGAAUACCUGCGCUCGGGCGACGACUCUCACCAGGUGGCGAUCCAGGGGCUGCUGCGGGCGGGCUGCGCGGCGGCUGCGGAACACGGGCGACUUUCGGCCGCGUGCGCGCACGCGGGCCGCGCGCUGCGCGCCGUCGGGGGGUGGCUGGCCGAGGCGGCGGCGGCGGCCGAGGGCCUCGCGCCCGAGGUCGGCAUCGGGAACCUGGCGCCCGUCCUGGACUGGGCCGUCCGUGCCAUGUCCGCCUCAGCGCGGGGGCUCGGCGGGCCUCGAGGUCUGGGCGGGGGGGGGUCGUCGCCGGGGGCCACGUCGCCGCAGACACCGCAGGGGCAGGACCCGGCGUACAGCUUCUUCCCGGAUGACGGAGACGAGGAGGAGUGCGGCCGUGCCGGGCCGGGCGGCGACUCCGGCGGAGCGCUCGGUCAGGCCGGGGAGUUCCCGUGGGAGUCCCUGGGCUGCGGGGAGCCCUCGCGGUGGGAGCCCGACCACGAGGCGCCCGCCCGGGUCCGCAGGCAGGUGGAGGAGGAGGUCCGCGUGCAGAUGCAGGCCCAGGUUGCGGGCGAGCUGGAGAGGCUGAGGCUGGAGAUGGCGGCCCAGGCCUCCGAGUCUGCGGCGAUCACCGAGCGCUCCAGGCGGGACGCGGACGAAAUGGCGGAGAAGCUGAGAGAGGACCUGGAGAAGGCGAGGGGCCGCAUCGACGAGCUGCGGAAGAAGCUCACCGCGCUCCAGAAGAUCCUCGAGAAGAGAGGGCUGGGCAAGGAGAUGCGGGAAGCCAUGGAGGAGGCCGGGCUGACCACCUUCCAGUCGGGUGCCAACCGAGUGUUCGAGCGUUUGUACGGUGAUGCCACGGCGAGGUUGCACAAGUUCACGGAGAGGCAGGUUGAUUACAUUAGGGAGAACAGCACCGGUUGGCAGAACAAGUGCAAGGGUGCCUUCGAGCGGGUCUUGGAUCAGGUCGUCCGGCAGAAGGAGCAGGUCGCCCCGCAGAAGUCGGAGCUGGGCCGGGCAGGUCAGAUGUUCAGGCAGGUCGUCGAGCAGCGGCUCGCUCCGCGCGCGGCCGCCAAGAACGAGCACCCGACGCCGCUCCAGAUGGGGCGCGCCACGAGCGCCCCGGGUCAGCCGAGACGGAGCCACGCCGAGGUGGGGCUGCCAAAGGAGACCUUCGUCGGCGUGGGCGCGGGCGUGGACGGCCUCGUCAGCAGCACCAGCAGCACUGGGCUCCGGGAGCAGCCACAAGCACGGGCGUUGGCGCACGGGCUGCAGCAGUUCCAGCAGGUGGUGGGGCGAGCCGCCGGGCGAGCCGUGGCCAACCAGCGCUUGGUCAGGGCCUCGGGCGCGGAGCACGCCGGGGCCGUGCCGCCGCCGGGCUACUUGGAUCUCUUCGGCAAUGCGGUGCCAACGCACGGUUCAGAGGCGAAGGGCCAGCUGGUCAAGGCCAAACCGCGCCGCGGCUCUGCGGUGCACAAGGCAUCGACCGCGGUGCACCACCUCGGCUCCGUCGAGGAGCACGUCGUCCGCGGGGUCGCCUCCCUGCCCGCGGGCAAGGGCAGGGGCAGCCCCAGGGAGGCGCGGCUCGGCGCCGCGCCCCAGCCCGCGAGCACGGAGGAACCCUGGGAGGCGACGCCCGUCCUGGCCAGGCCGGCGGACGACGCGCUCCACCAGGACUCGGUGGGCUCGGCGCUCGCCAGGAGGCUCUCCACGGCGCGGCCCGUGGCGGCGGGAUCGGGGCGCCUCGAGGGCGGCAGCGCGCACUCGCGGAGCGCGUCGCCGCCCGCGUCGCCCGAGUUGUCGCGCGGCCUGGACGGGCUCGCGGACCGCUUGGCCUGCGGCGCCGCGGGGCGGCGGGGCUCGGCCAGGAAGUGCCGGGGCUCUGCGCUGUGGCGGGAGCCCCAGGAGCUGUCGGCCGCGGCGGAGUUCGUGACGGCGGCCGCCGCGGCCGCGCACGCGAUGCCAGAGCCCGCGGCGUCGGAGGGGUUGCGGACGUGGCCGGAGCAGCGCUUGCCGCAGGCGUCCGCGCGGCCGAGGCAGCUGGUCUCGGUCGAUGGUCUCGCCGCGUGUGAGCCGCUGGCCGGGGGCCUCUCGGCGUCGAAGAGCUUGACGUCGAAGAGCUCGGCGUCGAACGACGAGUCCUUGGCCGAUGGCGGAGACUCGCAGGACUCUCGCUGGAGGCAUGGGAGGAGCAAGAGCCUCGCGCGCAUGGCCUCGGACCAGCAGGCGGCCAUACAGCAGCAGCUGCUGCAGGGUGCUCGCCCUUCGCGGCGCGGUUCCUCUGCGGUCAGCCGCACGGCGAAGGCCCUGGACCUCGGCGGAGAGGCAGCGGCGUCGCGUGCGGGGGUCGUGCGGCACGCGCGCACCGAGAGCGACGCCCACACCGAAAGCAAAGUUUCAGCGACAGGCGCCAGCGUCGCAGAGCGGGUGCCUGACAGCAGGGCGUCGCAGAUGCUGACCUCCAGCAACAGCUUAUCCUCGACGCUGCGGCCAAGCUCCUCGCAGGCUCGCCAUUCCCGCAUCCAGGAGUGAGCGCUCCUGCGCCGCUGCCGGCCUCCUCUGCUCGGCAUUGCAACCUCUCACCAGCUCGUUUGAGCCCUGCCGCGUAGGAAGACGCUGUGCCUGCGCACCUGACAGUACUGGCCUCGCCCUGGCUGCGCAUGGCAGAUCGGGCGAAAACCUCUCGUGCGGCCAGCGUCGGCUGUCGUCCCUUGCCGCCGUGGGCGAGGGCGCACGGGCCGCCACCGGGCACCGCGCAGUGAGCGCUCGCCUGUUGUGCUCGCUUUCGCGGUGUCUCUGCUGCUCGCUCCCUGUGCCUCUGACUCUCUCCGUGUGCGCCGCGUGGUCUGCCUGUGCCAGGCCUCUCCGACCCCGGGGGUGGGCGUCCCCGCGGUACCAGUCGGGUGCUCUCGUCACACCCUCAUCCGCCUCGGCGGCGCAUGCCUGUCUUUCCAGGAGGAGGUGGGGUCGAAAGCUGUCCCCCCUCAGGAUCUAGG